UAGGGGUGAAGGAAAUGAAAGACACUAUAGUUUUCUAUCCAGUCCCAGCCAUCGGCCAUCUAGUCUCUAUGGUUGAGCUGGGCAAGCUAAUCCUCCGCCACUACAACCAACGUUUCUCCCUCACAGUUCUCAUUUCAGGCGACUUUAACAGCGCCGCCGCCAUUGAUCCUUACAUCGAUCAUGUCUCUCACACAGAACCUUCAAUAACCUUCCAUCGCUUCCCUGCUCUUCCCAAACCUCCUUCCCUUCCACCAUCACCCACUCCCCACCCAGCCGUCGUAUUCUUCGAAUCAAUUCGCCUCAACAACCCAAAUCUUCUUCACACCCUCCAAACCAUCUCUGAAACCUCUUCCAUUGCUGCCCUUGUGAUUGAUUUCAUGUGCAACCCAGCCUUCCCUGUCGCCAAUGAGCUGAACAUCCCUCUUUACUACUACUUUCCCACUGGCGCCUCUUUUGUUGCCUUGAUGCUUCACAUCCCAAACCUCCAUAACCAGACGAACAAGAGCUUCAGAGAGCUUGGCAAUACUACUGUUCUCCACAUCCCAGGAUUGCCCCCAAUUCGAGCUUCACAAAUGGGGCCAAAUUUACUCGAUCGGAAUAACCAGGUUUACAAUAUGUUCUUGGAUCUGGGUAUGCUUCUCCUCAAAUCAAGCGGAAUUAUAAUAAAUACCAUUGAGGCACUAGAACCAAAGGCAAUCAAGGCCGUCAGGAAUCAAGUGCCGGCCAUUUUCUGUAUUGGACCAUUAGUUGCAAAACCCAGUGAUCAAUCUGGUGCGGCCGAUUGUUUGUCGUGGCUUGACAAGCAACCGAGUCGGAGCGUUAUGUUCUUGUGUUUUGGCAGCCGUGGCGUGUUUUCAGUGAAGCAGAUUGAAGAGAUCGCUGUUGGACUUGAGAGAAGUGGACAGAGGUUCUUGUGGGUGGUGAAGAACCCUCCACCAAUCGAGGAUAAAUCAAGGAGGCUGUCUUCGAUAUCCAUCAUGGAUUUCGAUCUUGAAGCUGUGAUGCCUAAGGGGUUUCUGGAGCGGACCAGAGACAGGGGUCUGGUGGUGAAGUCAUGGGCGCCGCAGGUGGAGGUAUUGAACCGAGAAUCGGUGGGUGGAUUCGUGACUCAUUGCGGAUGGAACUCGGUUUUGGAAGCUGUGUGUGGUGGGGUGCCGAUGGUAGCAUGGCCGCUCUAUGCAGAGCAGCCUCUCAAUCAGGAGGUUUUGGUGGAGGAGAUGAGGGUGGCUUUGCCAAUGGAGGCCGCGGAGGAGGAUGGAUUUGUGGUUGCUGCCGAGGUUGAGAAGCGAGUCAGAAUGCUGAUUGAGUCGGAGGAGGGGAGAGAGAUUAGCAAACGCUGUCGAGAAAUGAAGGAGAAGGCUUUGUCUGCGUGGGCGGAGGGUGGGUCCUCUGGGACUGCUUUUGGCGAGCUUGCCGAGUCAUGGAAUCGGGGAUGACAACUCGGAAUGGUCAGAUCCUUGUCAUGGUUGUG